GAGAGAAAGAGAGGGGGAGAGAGAGAGGAGAGUCCCUCUCUCUUUUCUUCACUUUCCGAAGCUGAAAAGCACUUCACCUUUUCUGCCUCUCUCACGUGCACCAUCUCUCUCUCUGUCUCUGAUAUGUGCAUGUUAAUCUGAAGAGAGGAUGAGUUGAGUUUCGUAUAUAAAAUGAUUGUGGUAUUUGAAUAGAAAAAAGAGCUAAAGAAUCAAAGUCCGGAGGUAAUGCUAAACAAGUGAGGAGAGGAGAAGAGAAGAGAGAAACACACACAAAUACAUAAGAUAAUAAUGCCAUUAUUAGAAGAUCCUCCUUUCAACUUCAUCGUCUAUGAUACCAUCUCUGCAACCCCCUACACCAGCCAAGCUCAAGACUACUCUUCAGAAACCGCCAAUAAUUUCAUACCUCCUAAAAAAUUCUACUACUGCAAUAACGCUGCCGCCAAAAGUAGUAAUACUAGUAUGAUGUUGGAAGCAGCAGGUGGUGGUGGCGGUAAGAAGACGAAGCAGAUGAGCAGCCAUCAGCAGCCGCAAGGGCAAGGGGAAGGGCAAGGGAGGAAGAAGAGAAGGAGAAAGGCAAGGGUUUGCAAGAACAAGGAAGAAGCUGAGACGCAGAGAAUGACUCACAUUGCUGUCGAAAGAAACCGCAGAAAACAAAUGAACGACCAUCUUGCCAUUCUCCGCUCUCUCAUGCCCGACUCUUACGCCCAAAGGGGUGACCAGGCCUCUAUAGUAGGUGGUGCCAUAGAAUUCGUGAAGGAACUUGAGCAUCUCCUACAGUCCCUUGAAGCUCAAAAGCUCCAACUUUUCCAACAUCAACAACAACAUAAUCCAGAAGAUAUUGUCACCACCCCCUCCAAAAUCGUGCCAUCAUCCCCUUUUACACAAUUACUGGAAUACCCUCAGAAGCACUCGUGGUCUCACAGUCAUUGCCCUAACAAUAAGUACACUUCAAAAACCAAGGGGGCUACCGCUGACAUUGAGGUCACGUUAAUUGAGACCCAUGCAAACCUUAAAAUUCUCUCACGCAGAAAUAUUGCAGCAAGAUCACAGCUUCCCAAGUUGGUCGCUGGAAUUCAUUCACUUCACCUCACAAUCCUUCAUCUCACUGUUUCAACCAUGGAUCCAUUUGUUCUCUACUGUAUUAGUCUCAAGAUUGAAGAAGGGUGCUUACUAAGUUCGGCAGAUGACAUAGCAGCAUCACUUCACCACAUGCUUAGAGUAAUAGAGGAAGCAGCUGCCAGGUUAUUGUGUUAAUUAUCUGACUAGAAUCACCACAACUGCUGUGAAUUAAGCUUCUCAAUUUCUUUAUUGUUGGUUUGUAGUUGUAAGCUAGUAGCUACUGAGUUAAUACUCGGUUUUCCUUUUCGGUUGUUUAGUGCACGGUUUCCACAUGUAACCAGAAAAAAAAAACCUCAAUUACAAGAGCAACUUGCAUGAAA